AUGGAUUUGUUAAAGAUUUUAGAUACAAAACCAGUUCCAACGAUUGUUGAUUCUCAAACUUUAGGAGCAUCAGGAAAUGUCUCUGGUGAUUAUUGGUUACCAACUACAAUGUGCUUAUAUCAAAAAGAAUUAACAGAUCAAAUUGUAUCAUUACAUUAUUCUGAUAUUUUAAGAUAUUUUGAAACUAUGGAUUAUAAAGCAGAUGUGGUUCUAGAAUCUAUGAGAACAAUGUGUUUAAAUAGUGAAUAUGUGGCAACACAUCCAUAUUUAUUAAUUAACCAUUAUAUGCCAAAAUCUCUAAUUACAAGAGAUAUUCCUGCUCAUUUAGCUGAAACUAGUGGGAAAUUUGUUGUAUUAAGAGAUUUAAUGAAUUUAGUUCAAAAAUAUGAAACAAACACAGCUAUUAUAUGUAGGCCAGGUAGAACUAUGGACUUAGUUGAAGCAUUACUAUUAGGUAAUAAAGUUAAUAUUAAAAGAUAUGAUGGAUCUUCAAUUAAAUCUAAACAAAAAAAACCAAAGACUUAUGCAUGUACGUGUCAUUUAUUCCCAUCUUCAUUGGUUAAUGGGAAAAAUUUUCAAAUAACUAUAUCUGAUCAAUUUGAUAUGGUAAUAAGUGUUGAUCCGUCAGUUGAUACAGAUGCAACACAUAUUCAAAAGAUUUUAAAACAUUCCAGAUCUGGUAAGGGUCCCGAUGCAAGAGCACCUAUUGUCAGACUGAUUAGUAUCAAUUCUGUCGAUCAUUGUAAUAUUUAUUUCAGUAAAAGAUACCCUAAGGAUUCUACUGAGUUACUAUCUAAAAUCACGGCAGGUGUUGUGGUUCUUAGAGAUAGAGUUGGAACUUUACCUCCAGAUUUGAGACCUAUAUACUCUCAACAUUUAAACUAUCUUGUAGAAUGGUUAGAAGAUUCAAAUUUACCUUGGCCAUUACCUGAUGUAUAUCCAAUCAAAAAAUAUAAUCCAAUGGAUGUAGAACGUUCAUUAUUAAGUGAAGUUAAGUUUAACCAAGUGGAAGAUUUGGAUGCUAUAUUUAAUACAAAUUCUAAGAAACGUGGUAGACAUAAAGAUCGUCAUGGAGAUGGUUCUUAUAACCAUAAGAAUAAAUCCUAUUAUGAAUUAAAGAGAUUAAAGAAUGAUUAUUCAACGAAUCCAACAAAACAAGGUAUGAAACAACUUACUGGUAUCACCACAGCUGGUGAAGAAGAUUCUGUUAAUUAUCAUUUGGUAAGUGGUAUUCUGACACAUAAAUUAAUUCAAUCUAUCGGUCAAGUAUAUUACGAUAUUGAAAGACAAGUUGAUGAAUUGAAUGAUUAUGACAGUAUGAGUUUAAUUGAAGAUGAUCACGUUAACUUUUAUACUAAAGAACGCGAUUCAAUAAAUAUUAAAUUACAAGAUUUCAAUAAAUUGAUUGAAAAAUUUAAUGAGGAUUCAAAAAAUUUAGAAUUAUCCAAUAAUAAGAAUUUUGAUACAGUCCAGAAAAUGGAAGGAACAUACGCAACAUCUUUGGCCAAUUUUGAAUGUAAAAGCGACUUAGAUAGAAAAUUGAAACAUCUCAUCAUAGAGAAGAAAUCUUUAUUAGAAGAACUGGAGAGAGAAGAAAGACAGAAGGAAUCUAAAUUGAAAGAAAAAGAAUACAUGACUUUAGAAAUUAAAAGAGCCAACGAAGCUGUUACUACAUCAAUUGUAGAGAUAAAUAAUUUAAAAACUGAAUCUGAGACUAUUCAGAAUACCAUACGGGCUAAAUUUGAAAAAGAUUCUAUAACCGAAUCAGAUGUAAAUAUUAGAAUCGAUAAAUUGAAGGAAGAACUGAAGGAAGAAGAGAAAUACCAUGAUGAAUUAGAAGGUAAGCUCUCUAAUUUAAUAAAAAAACUGCAUCAAGUACCAACUACACGAGUACGAUCUACAAAUACCACAAAAAACAAAGGUAGACGGAAAUAG